UUCAAAAUUUCUUUAAUUUGAAACUAUGGAGCUUCAGAUCUCUCUCUCUAGUCUAUCUCUCUCUCAUGCUCUUCCUCUUUGUUCCUUUGUCUAAUUUGAUUGUCGACGAGAACCUGAAGAGGAAGGGAUCCGGAUUUGGACUUCGGAGCUCCGAGAAGAACUCGAAUCGAAUUCUCAGGUACUUCGGUUUGAAUUCUGAUUGAGUUUAGCAGAAAAGAAGCUAUCGAGUUUGUAAUUUCAUGUCGCUUAUUGUUGACAUCUGGUGAAUUUGGGUUCGGUCCUCCGGUAGGAUUGACCGCAAUGGCUGGAGUGAUUUAGGGUUCUUAUUCAGUGGAUUCAGUCAUUUUCACAUCUGGGUCUAGGGAUUUGCGAGAAAGCUCUUGUCUUUUUCGUUUCGAUUUCUAGGUACUCAAUUUCGCAGAUAUGGUGAGAGUGCAAAAGGUCGAAUCGUUCUAUUCUAGGCUCCGGGAAUCAGCAACUUCUUCUUCUCAGAGCCCUCUUCUCAUAUUCCCAUCCGCUUCUGAUGUUGAUUCUCUCUGCGCGCUCAAAAUCAUCACCCAUGUCCUUGAAUCUGAUUCAGUCCAGUAUUCGUGUUUCCCGGUGUCUUCUUUUCUAGAGAUCCACAAGUACGCAGGACCUGGGUUGUGUUCUUCGUCUGAUAAUCCGAUUACCAUCCUCCUAAUCAACUGGGGUUGCCACCGUGAUUUGCGGGCCGCUCUUCAGUUAGGUCCUGCUGCUCGUGUGUUCGUUGUGGACAGUCACCGACCCAUUCAUUUGCAUAAUCUGAGUGAUAGGAAUGAUCAGGUCGUUGUUCUUCACACCGAUGAUGAUGAGCAGCAGGCAGAUCUGGCGUAUGAUUUCGACGUGUUGACAUUGGCAAACGAGAGCUUUCAGCUACAUCUAGAUGGAGAAGAAGAUGAAUCAGAUGAUGAGUAUGAGAGUGGGAGCGACAGAGAUGCAGAAGAUGAAGAAGAAGAUGGUCAUAAGAGUGGCAGCGAUGAUGAGGAUGGGGAUGGUAAUAGGUCGAGUAAGAGGAGGAGAGUGAGCGACAACGUGAAGGUUUUCAAGAAAUUGAAGAGGGAUUAUUAUUGGAUGGGUACUUUCCAUGGCAAACCAUCUGGAUGCCUAAUGUUUGAGCUGUCCCAUUUGUUGAGGAAGAACACGAACGAGUUGCUGUGGUUGGCUUGCGUUUCUUUGUCUGAUCAGUUUGUCCAUGAGAGGUUGACUGAUGAAAGAUACCAAGCUGGUGUCAUGGAGCUUGAACAGCAUAUCAACAGUUCAGGAAACAUAGACAAAGUUACUUCUGUUACUCUGAAGGAUGGGACGAAAAUCCGAGCGCCUGAUUGCUCAAGAAUCUCGUACGAAGAGGAGCCGAGGCUUAUGCUUUUGAGGGAAUGGACAUUGUUUGACUCCAUGCUUUGUUCAUCAUACAUAGCUACCAAGUUGAAGACUUGGAGCGAUAACGGCAUCAAGAAGCUCAAGCUUCUUCUAGCUCGUAUGGGGUUUGCCCUUAUUGACUGCCAGCAGAAGUUUCCAUACAUGAGUCAUGAAGUGAAAAAGAAGAUGAAAGAAGAGUUUGACAGAUUUCUGCCGGAAUAUGGUCUAACAGAUUUCUAUUACCGAAGUUUCUUACGACUACACGGAUACAGCUCAAGGGUUUCAGCUGCGGAUGUUGUGUAUGGUGUCACUGCACUUCUUGAAUCAUUUGUCGGGUCAGACGGCUCCUCCUCUGCAUCAAAACAGUUUGGUCAAGCUUAUGAUGCUCUGUCCUUGAACAAUGUCGAUAAGCUGAAAUCGGGAAUGCAACAAGCAAUUAGGGUUCAACGGGCGAUUCUCAGGCAAGGAAGCACAGCAAUUACCAAGAGCGGAUGCAUUCGAAGUGGAAGAAAAUUCAGGUGGGUAAAGGUUGAAGAUUCACUGGAUUCAAAGUACUUGGGCUAUCCCCAAGCCUUGACAAAGUUCUGUUACUUUCUGAUGGAUGCAUUGAGAGAGAAGGGAGCUCGGAUGAAGCCGAUGCUUUGUGCUUGCACGUCUCAACAGCCCGGGAAAAUCCUGAUCGUCGGGGUUUGUGGGAAGCCGAGGCUUGGGGCAGUGAAAGGGAAUGGAUUUGGAAAUGCUUUCAGGAAUGCAGCCCAAGAAACAGGAGCAGAUUACUUCCAUGAGCUGUUUGAGUCUUCAUGGAUAGUGUUGGAUGAAGUUGGUGUUAAUUCUUUCAUGAUUAGAUUAACAGAGAAGCUCUGACACUGAUGACACAUGAACAUGAUAUGGUGUUUUUCUCCUUUGUACACCUUCUCUCCAUAUUGUUUGAAGAUCAAGAACUCAUGUAACUUGUUUUUUAGAAUAAUUUUUUCUUGUGAAAAAGGUUUUUUUUUUUGGGUUUCCUCUUGA